CCAUGCUGUGCAGGUCUAAGCGGACACUGGACACCAGGUGACGCUGGCUUAAGGAGUUAGCAGGGGAUGUGCCCCGUGCUGAGUAGCUGUUCAGUGAACUUCCUUCAUCAUUCUUUUCUGCAACUCCCUGACAGUCUCGCUUUAAUGAAUUCCUUCCUCACCUUUCACUCUGACUUCCCUGCGUCUCUGAACCGACUUCCUCCCAACAGAACCUAACAUUUAUUUGGAGCACAGAGGCAUUUCUCACACAUCCUUUCGUUUAAUCCUCAUGGUGCUCCAGUGGCAUAGAUUUUAUGGUCCACACUGUACAGAUAAGGCAAUUCAAGCCCAGAGAGGUUAAAUGACCUGUAGGAGGCACAUAGCCAGAGUGGAAGAGACAGAAAAGGGAGCCACGGGGUCAAACUGCAGAACUCGUGCUGAACUACCUGCCACAAUAUGUUAGUGGCUCAAUUCUCAAGUUAACCCCCAGGGAGAGGAGACACCAAACAACAGCUCCCCAAACACAGAUGAUCCUCACUCAACAGUGACAUUACUCUGAAACUGUAAUGCUUGCUACGCUCCCAGAAGGCCUACAGGUGGCGCCAUGAGACCGCCCGCUACCCUCUUUUGCAAAUUGGCCUGCAUUUCCUAGCUUGCAACCGGGACCUACCCGGAAGCAGUGCUGCGAUCGGGGGACAUGGUGUUAAACUUUAAAAUAAACUUAAAAACAGUGAGGAGGAAUACUGCUGUGGAAUCUUUCUGCACCAAGCAAGUUUUUGCAUCUGGUACAGAGCCUGUGCAAGCCCUCUCAACCCACUCAUUGGCAGUCGGGUCUUUGCUUUGUGGAGACAAGAUGGACAGAUUCCUGGUGAAGGGAGCUUGCGGGGGCCUUUGGAGAAAGAAAGAGCAGGAGAAUUCUGGAGAAGGCCCAGCAGAGUUGGGAGGAGAUGAGGAAAGCAGCAGGAAACGGCCCAGGAGAGAAACCCCAGGGAAUGGGAAUGGAACUGACUUAGCAGGCCCCAGCUGGCGGCGCAUUCGAGCUGAGGGUCUGGACUGCGAUUACACAGUCCUGUUUGGCAAAGCUGAAGCAGACAGGAUUUUCCAAGAGUUGGAGCAAGAAGUGGAAUAUUUUACAGGUGCACUGGCCAGGGUCCAGGUGUUUGGGAAGUGGCACAGUGUGCCCAGGAAACAGGCGACAUAUGGCGACGCUGGGCUGACCUACACGUUCUCAGGCCUUACUCUGUCUCCAAAGCCCUGGGUCCCAGUUCUAGAGCACGUCCGGGACUGCGUUUCUUUGGUGACUGGAAAGACCUUCAACUUUGUGCUUGUCAACAGGUACAAAGAUGGCUGUGACCACAUUGGUGAGCAUCGUGAUGAUGAAAGGGAACUGGCUCCGGGCAGCCCCAUCGCCUCUGUCUCCUUCGGGGCCUGCAGAGAUUUCUUCUUCCGGCAUAAGGAUUCUCGAGGGAGAAACCCCUCCAGGAGGGUGGAGGUGGUCAGGCUUCAGCUGGCCCACGGAAGUUUACUUAUGAUGAACCCCCCGACCAACACUCACUGGUACCACAGUCUCCCUGUCCGAAAGAAGAUUCUGGCUCCGCGGGUCAAUCUGACGUUCCGUAAAAUUCUGCCUACUAAGAAGUAAAAACAUGUUUCACAUUG